GCUCCCCGGCGCCCCGGACGGCGCUCUCCGCGCGGCGCUUUGCGGUGCUCCUGAUCUUCAGCCUGUACUCGAUGGUCAACGCCUUUCAGUGGAUCCAGUACAGCAUCAUCAGCAACGUCUUCGAGGGCUUCUACGGCGUCUCCUCACUGCACAUCAACUGGCUGUCCAUGGUGUACAUGCUGGCGUACGUGCCCCUCAUCUUCCCAGCUACCUGGCUGCUGGACACCAAGGGCCUGCGCCUCACCGCCCUGCUGGGCUCCGGCCUCAACUGCCUGGGCGCCUGGGUCAAGUGCGGCAGCGUGCAGCAGCACCUGUUCUGGGUCACCAUGCUGGGCCAGGCCCUGUGCUCCGUGGCCCAGGUGUUCAUCCUGGGCUUGCCCUCCCGCAUCGCCUCGGUGUGGUUUGGGCCCAAAGAGGUGUCCACAGCUUGUUCCACCGCCGUGCUCGGCAAUCAGCUUGGAACUGCAGUUGGCUUUUUGCUACCACCAGUGUUGGUGCCCAACACAGUGAACAACACGGAUCUUUUGGCUUAUAAUAUCAGUACCAUGUUUUAUGGAACAUCAGCCAUCGCCACACUUUUAUUUAUUUUAACAAUAAUUGCAUUCAAAGAAAAACCUCGCUAUCCACCAAGUCGGGCUCAAGCAGCCAUUCAAGACAGUCCCCCUACAGAGUACUCCUAUAAGAACUCAAUAAUGAACCUGUUUAAAAACAUGCCUUUUGUCCUUCUAUUGAUCACAUAUGGUAUCAUGACUGGAGCAUUUUAUUCAGUCUCAACAUUAUUAAAUCAAAUGAUACUGACGUAUUAUAAGGGAGAAGAGGAGAAUGCUGGGAGGAUUGGGCUAACACUGGUGAUCGCUGGAAUGGUGGGCUCCAUUCUCUGUGGCUUAUGGCUGGAUUAUACCAAAACAUACAAACAGACUACUCUGGUAGUUUACAUUUUGUCUUUUUUGGGAAUGGUUAUAUUUACUUUCACACUGGACCUUGAAUACAUUAUCAUCGUGUUUGUUACUGGAGGGGUGCUUGGUUUCUUCAUGACUGGUUACCUCCCCUUGGGCUUUGAGUUUGCUGUGGAAAUCACGUACCCUGAGUCUGAAGGUACUUCAUCCGGUCUUCUCAAUGCUGCUGCACAGAUUUUUGGAAUUCUGUUCACCCUGGCUCAAGGAAAGCUCACAUCAGACUAUGAUCCGAGGGCAGGAAACAUAUUCCUCUGCGCUUGGAUGUUUGUAGGCAUCAUUUUCACAGCAUUAAUCAAGUCUGAUCUGAGAAGACACAAUAUAAACACAGGAAUUACAAACGGCGAUAUUAAAGCUGUGCCAGUUGAUAGUCCCACAGAUGAAGAAUCAAAAACUGUUAUGAUGUCCAAGCAGUCAGAACCAGCAAUUUGAGCUGAAAGGAAAAGUUAGUAUCAUGUGAUAUUUGAGCUGUAAGGCUUGGUUCAUAGGUUAUGAGAAAUGGACACUUACUUGAAAAUUACUGUAUGGCUCCUACAUGCAGUCACUGUUUUGCUUAAUUGUUAACUGAAGCAAUAUUUUGCUUACAUCCUUUUAACACUACCAUUAUUUAACGAGUGUCCCAUUUUUAGUCUUCUAUCAUCUAUCUCAAAGUAAGCUUCUUGAUAUUUAUUUUUCAAAAGUCAAUGUUUUUCUUUUUUGUGGAAAGUGGAAGCUUACAUGGCUUUCUAAAAUGAUCGUGUGGAGGUCUAAUCCCUUUAAGUCACAGAAGAGGAUGUGCAAUUUAUACGUAAAAAUACCCAAUAGGACCAAGUGUCCUAUUGGCUCCCUUUCCAGCUGUCAAACCCCCUGAGUGUGAGUACAGUGUAGCGACAGGACACUUCAGUCCACCGAAGGGCAGUGCUGGGAUGCUACUUCCAGACAACUACUACGGUUUCCCGUUUCUUACAUUCUUGUUACAAAGCGCUUUGUAACAGGUACUGACAUUGACCAUAAAACCAUUCAGUGUACAAACUGAACCCACCCAUGACUUUGGUCUUAUGUUCUAGUUCAGCUCAGGAGCCAGACACAGGCUCAGCAUCUUGACUUCUCUGCUCUGCCUUCUUAUCAUGGGAGAAAUGGUAACCUAUAUUUUUUCACUCCGGUUUGAAAUAGAAACGUUUUGUACCCACUGGCUUUUUUACUCGCUUUUUUUUUUUUCUUCAAUAUAUACCUUUCUAGUAAGAAAAUGUCAUCAUAUGUGUAACUGGCUUUUCCAUGAUUUCUUGUAUCACAUCGUAUACUUUUGCCUUGAAGAUCCCUAAGAUAAGGAAAUCUGUGCUCAGCCUGGGUGGUCCGAUUUAGUGGAGACCGCUUAAAAAAUGCUGUCUAGCCCUGGGCUGGUGUGGCUCGGUUUGUUGGAGCAUCGCCUCAUGCGCUGAAAGGUGGUGGGUUCAAUUCCCAGUCAGGGCUACUCAGGUUUCAGUUCGAUCCCCAGUUGGAGUGAGUACG